GGCGGUGCCGAGACACAGGCGCUGCUGCAGGAGCAGCGGCCCGCACCCGCCGCAGCGCUCGCCGCCGUCAGCGGCCCUUGCGCCUCCGGUGUCACGGCUCACUGAGGAACCCCACCACCCCUCGCCGGUUCUGGUAGUGCGCGCAAUGGCCCCUCGCAAGAACGCCAAGGGCGGCGGCGGCAACAGCAGCAGCAGCAGCAGCAGCAGCAGCAGCGGCUCUGGCAGCGGCUCCGGCAGCGGCAGCCCGGGCGCGGGCACCAGCGGCGGCAGCAGCAGCCCCGGGGCCCGGAGAGAGACAAAACAUGGAGGACACAGAAACGGGAGGAAAGGAGGACUUUCUGGAAGUUCAUUUUUCACGUGGUUUAUGGUCAUUGCAUUGCUGGGCGUCUGGACUUCAGUAGCUGUCGUCUGGUUUGAUCUUGUUGAUUAUGAGGAAGUUUUAGCCAAAGCAAAGGACUUCCGUUAUAACUUAUCGGAGGUACUUCAAGGAAAACUAGGAGUCUAUGAUGCUGAUGGUGAUGGGGAUUUUGAUGUGGAAGAUGCCAAAGUUUUACUAGGCCUGACCAAAGAUGGCAGUAAUGAAAAUAUUGAUUCUCUUGAGGAAGUCCUUAAUAUUUUAGCAGAGGAAAGUUCAGAUUGGUUUUAUGGUUUCCUCUCAUUUCUCUAUGAUAUAAUGACUCCCUUUGAAAUGCUAGAAGAAGAAGAAGAAGAAAGCGAAACCGCAGAUGGUGUUGAUGGUACGUCACAGAACGAAGGGGUUCAGGGCAAGACUUGUGUCAUUUUGGAUUUACAUAACCAGUAACUUUGAUUCAGGGACUGAAGUCAUUGGCUUAUGAAAACCUGCAGCAGUGUUCUGUUUCUUUCUUUCCUUUGCUCACCCAGGGCUUCACGAGCAGUGGGGCAGCUGUGAUCAAACCGUAUAAGGCAACCAUGUGAUCUUUCUCCCCAGUCCAGCUCCUAGCUAGUUCCUUGCUUGGCUCCCCCACUUCUAGUGAAGAAGGUGGCAUUCCUCAUUCUUGUAGUAGUCUGCAAAGUGCAUUGAGAAUGAUAUUCUUGGUGGUAUAAUUGGUUUCUGUAUUGUUUUGUUUCAACUUAUGUUGUAUUCACAGCACUAAAUUUAGAAACUUCAUAGUAAAUUGUUUUGUGAUUAACCCUUGAUGCUUGUCUUUCUAACACACUAUUAAUUGAGAUGAUUAUAAUGGACUUGAUUAUAAAAAUGUUUCCAGCAUGAUUCAUAAAUUAAAUGAUUCUCUGUUGAUCUUUAAGAUGACUGAUGUGUAAAGUGAUGGUUCUUUAACACGCUGACAUUUUUUAUUGUAAUCUGUUUAGGUUAACUGAUUUGUCAGAUAGGUUAAUACAAAUUUCAGUGUAAAAUUCUGUACUAAUGGUGCUUUUAAAAUAAUUUGAAAAUAACCCCAUGUUUUUGCCUUAGGGUAGUGAAACUACUGUAUUCAGAUGGUAGUAGGUCUGAAUAUUUGUCUAUGAAAGCAAAAUUUAUUUUUAAUUUUAUUUCCAAAUAUACAUCCAGAGAAAGUAAUUUGUAUUUUUUUUAAGCAGGCAUAUUACACAAGAGGGAAAAUGUGAAUAUGUAUCUUAAAUA